CUCCGUUUUGCUGGCUUUUGGCUCCUCCAGGCUUUGGCUCUUCCUCCGAAGACCGCAAGAGUUAGAUAUUGGCUCUUCUCCCGCGGCCGUCGGCUGUGCGUGCAAGAUAUCGCUAACCGAGGAUGGCAAGGCAGGAGGCCGCAGCCAGUUUGUGCGCCGCCGCCGCGACCGCAGCGCUCACCGUCUCCCUGCUACGACGCGUCCGGCAGCGCCAAAAAGCUGCACGAGACGCCACGGCGUUGAUCGCGCAGCUCAAAGCCCUGAACUCGACGGCGGCCUUGGUAGUGACCAAUGCAAAGGGCGACGCCUUCGCGGCCAAAGCCCUGGCGAAGUACGUCCGCAAGGUCUGCGGUGUAUCAUCAGGAGACGCAUUAGAGGACGCGACGCGCCUCAUCCAACACUGCAAGAACGCGACGCCACCGUCCGCAACCGCCUUCGGGCCUCGCAAAACGCUGAGGCACGUUCUAGUAAGAGGCUGCGUCAGCCCGCAACUCCUCCAUGAAAGGUUCCCCCAAAUCAAGGGCGCCUACACGCAGCAGGCGCUGGAUUACGGCAAAAAUAGUAGGUAUGGCGACCGCUGGAAAAUAUCGUGCUAUAUUGUGGUCCUGGAAAAGUGGAAGCCGAAGAUCAUGCCCCACGAGCCCAUGGUCUCUGCUCUGAGCGAUGUCGUCGACAUGUGCUGUCGGCGGUUCGAGGAGUGGUAUCUCGAACGGUUUGAAAGAAAACGUCGCGCGUCGGUGAUGAACGCGUUUGUUACGAGGUACCGCCCCAAGCCCGACGAGGCGGAGCUCAAGAAGCACAUCGACGGGGCGAACGUCGACGGGAGCGUGAUCCUGGCCCUCCCGACGGACGAGCCCUUCGAGGGUGGUCAUCUCAAAGUCUGGGACGGCCGGCCGACCGUCCUCCACGAGUACGCGAUGGCGCCGGGCGACUGCAUCUUUUUGGACGCGCGGGUCUGGCACCAGGGCUGCGCGAUCACGAGCGGCGCGCGGUACGCGCUCGUGCUGUUCCUGCGGCUGCGUAAGUAGGAGUUUUGUU